AUGUGGUACACCUUCACAGCCAUCAGCUGGCAGCAAGUUGAGGGGGUUGUUCCCGGUGUUUCAGAAACACCAAAAGAUGGAGAUCUGAUUGAGAUUUUUUUCCUUGGCUUUCAACACUGGGCCGUGUGCGUGGGACAUGGCUAUGUGGUUCAUGUGGUUCCUUCAGGUCAAUUUGCAGGAGCUGGUGUUUCAGGUCUCAAGUGUGCCUUUGCUAAAACAGCCAUGGUGAAGAAGGAACUGCUGUCUGAGGUGGCUGGGAAGCACAGGUACCGGGUCAAUAACAAGCACGAUGACAAGUACAAGCCACGGCCUCCCAACACGAUUGUCCAGCUGGCCAUGGAGAAAGUGGGAAAGGAGGUGCCUUACUCACUGAUCUUCAAAAACUGCGAACACUUUGUGAACGAGCUACGCUAUGGGGUCUCCCGCAGCGACCAGGUGUUCCAGGAUGCUUUGCUGGCAUCUGGGGUCUGGGGAGAAGUCUCCAGAUCCAUAUGGAUGUUAAGGUAUUAUAAAGCUUCCGGGUUUAAAGAUAAUGCGUUAUUAGGAAAUUAG